AUGUCAACUACAGACCAAAUUAUCAGUGGUGAUUUGGAUCUUUAUGAAUUCUUGGAAGUCCAACCAAAUUGUGAUGAUACAAUUAUAAGGAAACAAUAUAGGAAGAAAGCUCUUGAGUAUCAUCCUGACAAGAACUCCGACUCCAAAGACAAAUUUCAAAUAUUAUCCCAAGUUUAUGAAAUAUUGAGUAAUGAGACCUUAAGAGAGCAAUAUGACGAAAUACGACAAAGGAAGCUCAACCAGAAACAUAUUGACAGUCAAUUAGAUGAACAAACUAAACGUUUCAAAGAAGAACUUCUCAAAGCAGAAAAGAAAUUCGAUAGCAAGAAAACAUUCAGUUCAGUGGAUGCUAUUGAGCUUCAAAAGAUAAGAGAGGACGGUGCCAAAAGGCUCAAAAAGCUAGAAUCAAGAAUUUUAAACUCCAGUGCUGCAUACGUAUCGUACAAGGAUUUAGAAGUGGACAAAAAGAUAGACAUAACGGACAAUUCAGAAAAAACAACCAAAGUUAUACUCAAAUGGAAACUUAAGCCUGAACUAGAAGAUAAGUUAACCCUCUCCAUGAUCAGUGAAAUUAUGACAGUUUUCGGGCCCGUAGAAUCAAUUGAAAAAAUUCCUAGUAGUGACAGAUAUGAGUGGGCAUUACUUAGGUUCCAUAAUGAAGAGAACGUUGAUAGAGCUACUCAGCAUAAUUAUAGAGAGAGUGCGUCAUUAUGGGAUGGAACUCCAUAUCGAAAGUUGGCUAGCUUACUUAGAGAUUGCAUCAUUUAUAAUCCCACCACCAAGGACAAGAAUCUCGAUUCUAGGUUUGAAAAAUAUAAAAAAGAAAGUGGCAUCACGGAAGAUAUUUUCACCGAUAAUGAAAUAAUUAACGACGUUAUGAUUCAGAAGAUUAAUGAAGAAAUAUCCAAAUCGUAUCUGACUUGA